AUGGAUAGCUACGACAGUGAUUCAUCGUUCGAGGCAGAAAAUGAAUACACAGAAACUAACGUCAACCUUGGGUACGCUUCGAGGGAGCCGACAGGAGACACCAUCAGCCAUUUGGGCGGCUUCUCCACAUGGUUCGAUCCCAACAGAACUCCACCAGCCUCAUUCGCGAGAUGUAAAGUCUGCAGCAGUCCUAUGUCACUCCUCCUGCAGCUCAAUGGCGAUCUUCCACAAUACUUUCCCAAUGAUGAGAGACGGCUGCAUAUAUAUACCUGCCGAAUGAAACCGUGCAGUCGAAAAGUGGGGAGUGUCCGGGCUAUAAGAGAGGUCAGGAAGCACAAGGCUGAAGGUGCUACUCGGUCAAAAGAGGAGAAAGCAAUAUUGAAUGCAGAACCACAAAAGCAGCCCGAGGAUCUGGGAACUAUGAUUUUUGGAGCGACAAGUUCGAAUUCCAUUCCGAGCAAUGAGAAUCCAUUCUCCAUCUCAAAACCAUUCUCGAUGUCAUCCAACCCUUAUGACUCCCUACCAUCCACACUAACCUUAGCUGCCAAACCCCCUCAACGAGCACAAGAACCACCAAUUGAAACCUUCGCGUCCAAACUCCGCAUCUCCUCUCCGUCUCCCCAAUCCAAAGCAGAUGUACCAGAAGAGUUAUGGCCACCGGAAUCAGCCUUCCCAAAACCAUACCCUUACUUUCACCUGGACGCCGAAUACGAAGCCCUCGUCCCAGAAAAGCCCCAGAUUCCCGAGGCCGGCUCCUCAAAAAUACAAGCACAGUACACUGAAGAAGAUAGUACCACCCCCAAUGGCCUAGACAAAGACUUAUUCGAAUCAAGUCUCGACAAGACCUUCCUCAACUUCUCUGAUCGACUGGCGCAGAAUCCGGAACAGGUGCUUCGCUAUGAAUGGAAAGGGAAUCCAUUAUUGUAUUCGAGUACUGACGCCGUGGGUAAACAACUUGUAUCUUCAAAUGGGAAGACAAAGACAAGUACUGGAAUGCCGAGAUGCGAGAGCUGUGGUGCGAAGAGGGUGUUCGAGAUGCAGUUGGUUCCUGGUGCAAUUGCUGCGGUGGAAGAGGAUGAUAUUAAUCUCGAGGAGGGAAUGGAAUGGGGCACUAUCCUUGUGGGAGUCUGCGAGAGUAAUUGUGGAGAGAUUGGGGAGGUAGUGUUCAAGGAGGAAUGGUGCGGAGUCCAAUGGGAGGAGAGGGGGUUAGGCCGACUGCUCUACUCCGGCAGAUUCGCUGAUGCCACGGUUAGAUGCAAGGGUGUAGAAUGGAGGGUUCAUCGCAGCAUUCUCUGUCCACGCAGUGCGUUCUUCGAAGCAUGUUUGAAUGGAAACUUCCGGGAGGCCUUUAGCAGUGUUGUCGACUUUCAGGAAGAUGAGCCGUACGCUGUUGAAGGCUUGCUCAUUUUUUUGUACACACUCGAGUACCCGAAUCGCAGCUCAUCGUUCUUCUCGCAAUCCAAGCCAGAACCGAAUCCCAACUUCAGAUUAGAAGCCACAAUGAACCGGAGCAAUCAAGCAACAAUAUCGAAUACAAGCACUGAUCCUUGCACCUGCCAAAUACAGCUGAGAAGUCAGCCUACCAAGCACGGUUGGCAGGAGAGCAUGGCAUUGUGCAGGAUUGGAGAUAAGUUUGGUGUGAACAGACUGAGGGACGAGGCAACCGCAGAGAUCCUGGUUACGGCAAAAACGGCGUUGAAGAGCAGCAGCGCGAUGCAGUUCUUUUGGGAAUUCUUUCAAAUGUCUCAGGAGGGGGUGCAAAGAAUGAGGCCGAGUAUUAUUGCACUGGCUGCGGAGGAUGUGAGCAAGUUGACAGUAUCCCCACAUUUCCAUGAAUUCGUGGCCAAUUACCCGGCAGCUACUUGCCUUCUGGUCGAAGCACUCGAGAAGAACAUUCCCAAAGGGAUGGAAAACGUCGAGGGUCAGAGUUCGCCUAGCCUAAGCGGACGAGGCGCAUUCCGAGGGAGAGGUAGAAGAGGACACUAUCGGAGCAAUUGCUAA